AUGGAUCAAGAAGGACAACCAAUGGGUGCCUCAUAUGAAGACCAGUGGCUACUAAGUAGUGGUGAAAAUAAGCCUAAAGGGGUUGAUCAUAUGUCGCGUUCUCGUGGCUUAUCUGAUCCGGGUAAUAAAGAAAAAAGACCUUUACAAAGGUCAACUAGUAUUGGCGCGAGCUCAAAACGUUCUUCGGGAGGAGGAGGUGGUGCUGGCGCUGGUGGUAAAGAUAAAAAACAGCUAAUCGAAAACGUUUCAGUUAGUCCGCCAAAAUCUAGUAAACGACAAACUGCUGGCGGAAGCACAUCAGUUGUUCAGACAACAACUACAACAGCAACGACGUCAGCAAAUACCUUGUUUACAGGCAAAAAAUCUAUGAAAGAAAUGACAAGAGCGGAAAGACGUGCCUUACAAGAACGUCAGCGUGCAGAAAAGGCUGCCCGUAACUCUCCCAAUACUGCCACCUCAAAGAAAACGCCACAAACAAAUGAAAACCUGACGCCUAACACUUCAGAAAAGGCUGUUUCUAAUACUUCUGGACAGUUCGAAAAUAUACCUGUAACGAAGAAAUCAAAUGUAUCUGGCGGUGGAGAUAACCCUGUAAAGCAGCAGCAACAAAAAAAACAAACAAAGGAAAAUAGUAAAGAGGUCGCUCUGUUUUCGCAUUUAGGAAUUCCCAAAGGCGCAAAGACUGCAUUGGCGCCAAGGGAAAUUCAUCCCGCCGUGUUGGUUCUUGGAUUACAAUUUGCAGAGUAUAAAAUUUGUGGUGCAAAUGCAAGAUGUAUCGCCACGUUAACUGCUUUCAAGAAGGUUAUUCAAGAUUACAAGACACCAAAAGAAACCACGUUAUCGCGACAUCUUCAAACACAUUUAUCCGCGCAGAUUAAUUAUCUGAAAAAUGCACGUCCGAUGUCAGUUAGCAUGGGAAAUGCUAUAAGACAUAUAAAAUGGGAGAUAUCCACUAUAGGCUAUGACUUGUCAGACAACGAGGCCAAAGAAUUGUUAUGUAAAAAAAUCGAUGACUUCAUUCGCGAUCGUAUCACGGUUUCGGAUCAAAUGAUCGUCGAAUAUGGUUUGCAAAAAAUUCAAGAUGGAGACAUUAUUCUCACUUAUGCAAGGUCUUCAGUUGUACAAGAGUUAUUAUUGAAAGCACAUGCUAAAGGAAUAAAAUUUCGUGUAAUUGUCAUCGACUCGAGACCUAGAUUAGAAGGUAAGAAACUUUUGAAACGUUUGGUGGAUGCGGGUAUAAACUGCACAUACGCAUUGCUGCAUGCAGUUGGAUUCGUGUUGCGGGAUGUAUCCAAGGUUUUCCUGGGAGCACACGCCUUUAUGUCUAAUGGCACAUUGUAUUCACGUGUCGGCACUGCAAUGGUUGCCAUGAUGGCCAAGGAUAAAAAUAUUCCAGUGAUUGUGUGUUGCGAUCCAAAUGAACUAGUGAAUAUCUCUACCAGCAUUACUCCAAAACCUGGUCAGCUUGCCGGUUGGCUCCAACAACCGGAUCUAAAGCUAUUAAAUUUGAUGUACGAUGUGACGCCGUCCCAAUAUAUCACUACGGUCAUAACAGAGAUUGGAAUGAUUCCAUGUACAAGUGUUCCUGUG